AUGAAAGGCACACGUUUUGAGAGGGACCUCGUCGGCCUCGAAAGAUCGCUCGGGCUUCGCAGUAACCGUGGGAUCUCACGUCAAUCGAAUAAGGACUCUCCUCCCAUCCAGGCGAUCGUCAAUGGCAUGAAGAAAAUUGCCAAAGAAUACGUGGAUCUGACGACCUCCGAGAUACGGCAAUCGGAGCCACUCCGCCAGGAAGUAAACGACCUAUUUGAGGAGUAUGCGCCAGUGAUAUGGCCAGACGAGAACCAUCAGCAGCCAGAAUGGCUUGAAGACCCCGAUCCGUACAAGUUUGAGGGCCGUUAUCCACGGCGUCUCUGCUACAGUGACGAGGAAGACCGCGAAACCCUCCGAGCUCUUUUCUACAACCUGGUGGUCGAGAAAUGCUGCAAUUACCACAGCAAUCAGCUCCAACGCGCUCGCACGUCUCAGCGCCAGAGUUUGGAUUAUCUCGACUCUGCAGGGGAGACGCCUCGAAAGGCUGAGCCUGGUCUUGGCGCAGAAAGCGAUUCUGAGAUGGUCGAUGCAGAAUCAGCGCCACCACAGCCCAUCAGUUCGUACCACGAAAAUACCUACGAAGCGCGAGAAGCACAGUUCAAUCCUGGCGAAUUCUCUUUCCGAGUCUUUCAGGACUACGGAAUGCCCAGUACAGACGCUGGAAGCGGCCCAACUAUCAAGACGACCGAGCCCGCGCCUCCUUCAAGUACUUCAGCUAUUUCAUGGACGCCAGCCAACAUGGCUCCCAAGGAAUACACCCAAGAACCAACUCCUUCCGAAACUGCGACUUCAGAUCGGCCUGAUCGGUCAAUGAGACCCAAACGGAAGCGUCCUCAGCCCAACGAAGAAGAUUUGCUUCCCAAGAAGGUCAGUGGCGAUCGAAAGGCGAAAAAACCAAGAUGGUCCCAAAUAAUUCCCCUCAAGGUCUCCCCUCAUCACCUCGCGCGACUUGCGGAUGGUGAAAGAAUCGCCGAGUCCGUCCCCACGUCACCAGAAGAAGAGACGCCUCCGCCGCAAGACGAUACGAUCAUGUCGAACGCCGGCGAGGAGCAUCCCGCCUCAAAUGGCGGCUCCCUGUCUAGUGCACCGCCGACUCCCACCGACGAGUUUGCCGCUGACAAUGAGAACAUUGUUGUGAAACGAGAUCCACGAUCCAACACGCCGCCCAGCAAACCAGCGCCUGAACGCGUACCUGAGAGUGGAUCUCAAGACGCUCGCGAACAGAAGUCUCCAGUCGACAAUCAACCCGCCGACUUACCCGUCUCCAAUGGGACUAGUCGUCCAGAGAGCGAUCGCCCAGGCUCUGAAAGUGCUCCACCAUCGAGGCCUGUGACUGGUCACCGCGAGAAUGAAACGCCCAAGCCUCCACCACCUGCCCUGACCGGUCCUGCACGGAAAGACCUCUCCACGAUGCCUGAAGUGAAGUGGCGACCGGGCUUCACGAAUACUUCCAGCCAAUCUCCGUUAACCCCUGCGAAUGGAUUGCACACGCAUCACACAGGACCGCUCUCAACAACUUCGCCAUCGCUCUCGCAAGACGGAUUUGGUAGCGGGCGUCCACACGAACGUGAACCGGACGCGGUCGGUGGAGCUGCCAGACCCAUGCCACAGACCACUGCAGCUCCCAAUGCAAAUAGUCCUCGACUUGACUGGCAUCACACGCAGCACCAACCGGGCCAACAACGCCGAGAAAGCCAACCCGCACCGACGCAGGAUCCGCAUGCUGCACACCGUUCGCAAAUCUCGCUUGUGGAGGAAGUUCUAGGUCCUCUGCUCGAAUGUCCAACUGCCCGGGAAGUGCUGCGGAAGACGCCCAAUCUCAGUCGGCCACAGCUUGAGGACAUGAAGAGGAUCCUGGCUCACUCAGCCGAUGCGCAGGCCAACUUUGAUGUCUUCAUCGCUCAUGUCUAUGGGAGACGAGAAGAUGGACCGAAUGGCGGCAGCAUCGCUACCGCACUUGCCUCAGCCAUUCAACCACCGAAUGCACCUCACAUCGCCGGCCCGCCUAGUGCUGCUAUACCAAAAUUCCCACCUCAGCAUGUCCUCCCAUCGAAUGGUCCGCCAAAAUCCAGCGGGCCAUCACCUCGUCUUGGCGCACCUGCACCUUCAAGGCGGAAUACCCGUCCUGAAGACGUUGAUCGAAUUCUGGGUGAUCUUGCGGCUUGCCCCACAGUGAAGCAAGUCCUGCAUAAGAAGCCAGAUCCUCGACGUAGAGAGCUCAAGAUCAUGAGAGAUAUUCUCAGAGAUCAUCCACAGAGCAGGACGGACUUGGAGAUGCUGCUCACGCGAUUGGAGGCACGUCUGGAAGCAGCCGAUCGUGAGAGUGAGCGCAGUCCUUCCCAGGACCACAAAGAGCGGCCUCCAACUGCUGAACCACCACGAGGUGCCCCCUUACCGUCACCGAGAGUCACGCCUGGUCAUGGCAAUCCCUUCAAUGCAUUCGACAGCAACCAGUUUGCCCGCCCACAGCAGCAGCAACCACCACCGCCGGCGCAUGCUGCUGAGCCACGGUACUCUAUCGUUCGAAGCCCACCGACGAGUGAGAGCAGCAGAAGAACGGAAACUCCCCUUCACUCUGUCGAUUCGAACUCUGGACGCCAACCGCUUCCGCCUGGUACUGGUGCAUUCAGACCGGCUGCUCCUCAAGCACCUGCCGACCUUCCCAAACCCCCGCUUCAUCCUCCGACACAACCACAUCAACAGAGACCGCCACCACCUCACCUGCCGUCACAACCACUACAGCAGCCACACCCUCACCCACAUCAAAACGUCCAUCCCCAUCCUACGGGCAACUUCGGUCCUCAACACGCACACGGCCCCUUCGGCCGUCUCCAAAACGUGCCCGGUCAGCCACCAAAUGGACCGCCCCAUCACCCCCAACACCAGCAUCCACAGCACGGCGUGAUGUCCGCACCAGCCGGCCCAGGACGAGCCCUCAUCGGGCAACAAGACGUCUUCGCCGUGAGGCCCAGUCCCGCCCACAACGAGAAAGAGCAACACCAACGCCACAACAUGCCCAUCCGCAGUUCCUCGAUGCAAAGCGAGCCGGAAGUCCAAACUCCUCAACACCCCGCCCACGCCAUGAGCAUGUCUCCCACCCCAGGCGCCACCGCAACAAACUCCCUCGAAGACGUCUCCAUCGAAAUCAACUGGGCUCGCAACCUCGACUACGCCGAUUACUUGACCGGAGAGGCUUGUCUGCACUGCAAGACAGCUGGAGAGUUCUUUUCCCUCAUCGAGGCGCAGAUGCCCGAUGAGUUACAAGGCGUCCACGGCAACGGCAACCGCAUCAAAGAAAUCCGAAUCAAGGCCCUCACUCCUUUGCAGGGCGAAGGCAUCAUGCCGCGGAUCAAACGCGAUGAGGUGUCUGGACGGCCGGCACUGAGGAAGCUGAUCAAGAAGUUGCGGUCGCAGCCCCCGGACGCGGAUAUCGAGUUGGAGUUUCGGGUUGUUUGGGAGUGA